AUGGCGAAGGCGGAAGAAGGAAGGAAAGCCGGGAUGGAGAACACGGCUAUGGUCUUUGGGAUCUCUGAGGACGAGGACAUGAAGAACGCUUCCUCGCUCACCGGCUUCCUCGAGCUCUUAGGCCAACACGACUUCUCCUCCCCCCUAUGGGAGCUCCCGCUGGCGUCAUCUCUCCCUCAGAGGUCUCUCCCAUCAAUCGCUCUCCCGGCGGCGCCGCUGGAGUCUGCGGAGACAGCCAACUUUCCGGCGACGCCCAACUCUUGUUCCGUCUCCUCCUCCUCCGCUGAGGCGGUGAACGACGCUGAUCACGCAAGGUCGGCCGCCACCACGGCAGACGCCGGCGAGGAGGUCAACGAGCUUGAGGAGAAGCCCAUGUCGGCGCCGACGGCGAAGCCGAAGUGCGUAGCGCCUCCUCUCUCCUGAGUAUUCGCAGAAGUAAUUAUGUCCGUGCGGCAUCGAUCAGCUCUUCUCUUACCGAAAGUGGUUCCUUUCUUGUUCUUACAGAUCGGCGGGGAAGGGCGGCGGCGGGGGGAAGAAGGCGGGGCAGAAGCGGCAAAGAGAGCCGAGGUUCGCCUUCGUGACCAAGAGCGAGGUCGACCACCUCGAGGACGGCUACCGGUGGCGCAAGUACGGCCAGAAGGCCGUCAAGAACAGCCCCUAUCCGAGGUAUUUUUAGUGUCCAUCAGCUCGAGAUCAGAAGGCCAACAAUUUACGGUCGUUUUGGUGUCAAGAUCUUCAAUUGAUCUUCUGAUUCUCUCCGAAUAUCAGAAGCAAUCUGUGAGUGGAGGAGGCUCAUAUGUCUGUAAUGAUGCAGGAGCUACUACCGUUGCACCAGUUCCAUGUGCGGAGUGAAGAAGAGGGUGGAGAGAUCGUCGGAGGAUCCGACGGUGGUGGUGACCACCUACGAGGGUCAACACACCCACGCCUGCCCCGUCGGCCCCCGCGGUGGCGGCGGCGUGUCCGCCGGAUGGCAAGGCCACAGUUACCAUUCCGGCGUCGCCGGUGGCAGUGUGGUGGCGCCGUCGUCUCUGGCGUCGCUCUCCGACAUAUCUGCCUUUUCCCUGAGGGUCUUGCAGGGGCAGCAGCAGUCGGCAGAACUGUCCUUCUUCAACGGUGGCCUCCCCCCGCCUCCGCAUCUCUUGGACGGGAUCGUCGGCGGCGGAUCGGGAGACUCUCGCCAUGGUGUCUACGGGGUAAGGCAGCAGUUCUCGAACCAGACGGCGGUGGUCAGCGGUAGCAGCGAUAUCUCCAUCAGAGACUACGGCCUGCUUCAGGACUUGGUCCCUCACGACUACGUGAGGAAAGAGCAGUAG